ACGUCAUGUCGUGCGGCAGUUGUGACUUGCGAAAUGGGAGAAAGGAGGUGUCCGCGAAAACAAACCUCCGUGUUUGAGGAUUUUGUACUUUCAUAGAAGAGAAACCUCGACAAGCAGAACAACACAGACACCAGAAGCUCUUAUACUUCACCAGGAGAUAAAAGACACUCCGUGAAAUGCAUUACUCGAUAGGAUGAUCAGGAAUCAAGAAGAAGAUGAGUUUGUGGCAGUGCGGGUCCAAGAUCCCCGCAUUCAAAAUGAAGGCUCGUGGAAUUCAUACGUGGAUUAUAAAAUAUUCCUACAUACCAACAGUAAAGCCUUCACAGCUAAGACGUCCUGUGUGCGUCGGCGGUACAGCGAGUUCGCGUGGCUCAGGAAGAAGCUCCAGAAGAACACUGGUUUGGUGCCGGUCCCAGACCUUCCAGGGAAGUCUUUCUUCUCCUUCAGUAACGAGGACUUCUUAGAGGGGAGGCGGAAAGGACUUCAGGUCUUCUUGGACAAAGUGGUGAACAUGACGGUGUGUCUGUCAGACAGCCAGCUCCACCUCUUCCUGCAGACCCAGCUGCCGGUCGGUCACAUCCAGGACUGCGUGCAGGGACACACUCCCUACUCCGUGACCGACGCCAUCCUCACAUACGCCUCGUCCAAUCGGGGUUUAGCUCAGGCUCAGGAGGAGGAUUCCAUCAAGGAGCCGAGUCUGACUGUUUCAUACGAGUCCAUGGAGAGCCCCGCUCCUCAUCAACCUCUCCCUCAAACUACAGACAGCUUCAGCCCUCAGCUCCUCUCAUGCAGCGAGUCCGACCCUCUUAAAGGUUUACUGGAGCCCUGCGGUAAGGACACAGCCGAGCCGCCGCUCAAGGACAAAUCUUCUCUAAGGGAUCAGAAGAACAACCAUUUAGAGGCUGUCGUUGACGACUGCAACCCAGAAGAGGCGAGCUUUUUUGUGGGUGACAGCCCGCACGAGGGCCUCAGCGUUUCGGAUCAGGACCAGCCGAGGAGCUUUCCGAUUCAGACACCAGUGGAGGUGCACUCGCCCAUGGAAGAUGAGGGCGUUGUGGCGUUACAUACGGAUGAAGAGGCGGAUCAUAGUCCAGUCACAGACGAGAAGGCAGAACAGUCAGAAAGUCCAGUUGAGGAAAAUGUAGUGCCUCCGAGCCAGAAAAAUGUGUGAACAGAAGCAGUUUUAGAUUUUAAGGUCUGUGAUGUUGGAUCUCAGGAGGGCAUUCAGGAGGAUCAGGUUUUAGAAAAUCAUGUAAUCUCUGAGGAUCAUGGUGUUGAGUCUGUUGGUGGCAUUGAGCUUCAAGUUGCUGAUGAGAUCUGUCAGGAGGAGUUAAAGAGCUCUGAAGGACAGAAAGACCAAGACGACGACAAAAGUGAUGAACAAGAGCAGCAAGAGGAGACACCACUCGAGCCAGAAGUCCUCCAAGAUACUCCCAAUGAGCACAGUGUACAAAAUGUGGACGACAAUGCUGAACCAACGGACCAAGAGAAAGCCGGACAAGAGGUGGAUUUGGUCGGGACCAAAGAGGAGAGCGACGAGGAAAGCUGCUCUCUGCCGUCUUCCAACGGGAGCAUCAUCAAGGUCAGCGACGAGGAAAGCGUCUGUGAUGAAACCGAGGACUCGGCGCAGGAAGCGAACGGCUUCAUGAAAGCAUUACACGAGGACAACACAAACUGGUCAGAAGACGAGCCCUCUAGUGGACACAUUUUGGACCUGCACCUGAGCGGAAGCUGUGUGGAAAAAGGGGACAUUUCCACCCGAGAACUUCAAUACACAACUGACAUUAGUGACUUAAGUAAAUCUCUAGAUCUUAACUCAGCUGUGACCGGAGGAGAUUUGACUGAACACAGUGACUUCAGCGUCAUAGAGACGAGCUGCUCGCCUGUCUUAGCGGAUAGUAAAUGUGCAGAGCAGGAAGACCUGGAUGCGUCAGAGGAGGCUCAUGAGGUGGAGGUGCAUCAGAUAAACAGCUGAGUGGCAUUUACACUCCACACACGAUCACUAGCACACGAACAAACUGCAUUCUAAUAUCUGUGAACAUGCAUCAUUGUAAACCGUCUUCACAAUGUGAAUCCUGUCUGUCAGACAUACUACACUUUAAGAGAGCGUCACAUAAUACCUACACUGUGCUGUCAUGCAUGAACUGUUUUUCAGAGUUUAUAUUUAAUUUGAAAACCCAUAUCCUCAUUUAACCUCAGGUACACUAAAUACUGACACUGUUUCUUCCUCUUCCGGGCUUCUCUUCUGGAGGGUGGGAUUGUUUUUUUUGUUGAACAGCAGAGGGCGCUCGAGUUCACAAAAGGAAACAAGCAUUUGUUUUCUAACCUGAGUAUAAAGAGCUAAAGUUUUUAACUUUUGUUUUUUUUAUUGCAAACGUCAUGUGACUGCUCUGGAUUUAUGGGUUGUUUUUCUUCAGUACUUAAAGAGCAAAACACCUGAGAGAUGUUUUAAGACAGAAGGACACCUGAAUAGGUAGUCAAAAAAAAAAAGCUUCUCUGUUUACACUCACAUGUUCGUAGUUAUUUUGUGAAAGAGAGUUUGGACUGCUGACAGGAUGUUAAUCAAAUAAAGCUGAAUCUGAUAUGAAAUAAAACAGUUUUAACGUACACAAUUUUGAAAAAACACUCUUAAUAGGCGCUAAAACAUUUAAGACAAGAUGAACAAUUGAAUCCAAAGUCGCAGUCAACAGAUAAAAAGUCGUGGAGUAAACUACGACCUGAGUCCAGAGGCGGCAGAACAUUUUGUCCGAGUUUCUCCGGGUUAGCUGCUGGAGUUUAAUUUAUAAACCUUAAGACAAAUCAGUUUGAUAUCUUCUAAAUUAAGAGUUCAAGGACACAGAGAAAAGAGGGAAUUUCAUAUUUUAAAUAAGCUACAUUUUUAAAUAGAAAGUCAAAAACUGAUUCACUGAAACUCUAAAGUCUGCAGAUUAAUCUGAGUAAUGUCUUCACAGCCAGCAGGACAGGAGAGACUUUACAGCAGCCGAAACGCCUUCAGGUUACACACCAACAUGUGAGACAUUCUUUAAGAAAGGAAAGUUACAUGUGGCUUUUCACACACUGGGUUACUUAUUGUGAAACCUGCAUUAAUCAUGGUUUGACUCAAGUCGACUGAUGAGUCCAGCUGAGUCCUGAUGGUGACAUUUGAACACUGAUAAAAGUCACAACUUCAAAACGAUGUUCCUUAUCAGAAAUAACGUGUUUAUGUUGAAACUAAUAUACGGCAGAGGUCAUUGUUUGAAGGUGUAAGAUGGGGAUCAGAGAGCAGAAAGAAUAAAGCCCAACAAAGAUGAAUAAAAACAAAUCGAAAUAUAAUUUAUAAUGUGGCAGCAAAAGAAUUGAGCAUCAAUUUAAAUACUAACUCGGCCACUUUAUGUCCUCUGUGAAGUCGAUAAAGACACUUCUUUAAUCUUCUGAUCUGCCACUCAAAAAUCUCAUCCAUAUGGUUUACACUCGGCCUGAUCACUGCGGUGAUGAAGCGUCUUUUACAGGUUAUUUAUUUCAUGUCUGGUGUUUCUGUUGCAUCUCAUUUUGUCUGUAGUUUUACUGCUUACAUCGACAGCCUUCACUCAGUUCAGUGUGACACUAUUUUGAAGCUUCCUGACGUUGAACCACAGCGUUGUUUUCACACCUCAAACUGACCGCUUGUCGAUCAUUCUGUUGUGGUUUUAAAGGGACCCAGAGUUUGACGAGCGUCGCCCUGUGUGACGUCGGGUAUGUGGGGAUCUAGCAGGUGCAUUGCAGAGCGCUGGGUUUGCUUUCUUUCUAUACUGUACAUGAGUCGUUUAUUGUUUUAAUUGUAUUCAGAUGUGAGCCCUACCUUCUGUGGAGACUUUUAUUUUUUAACAUGGAUCUACAAGGGCAGAGAUAACAACCUGAGUGUCCAUGUAAACACAAACUAUGAUGCUGUUUUAUGUCAAAUAAAGAGUUUUCUCUUUUAA